AUGGCUAGUCCUACCGUUCUCACCUUUGAUGCUGAGGGACGUGCAGUUGGCUUUGACGUGUGGGUUGACGAUCUACAGCUCUUUCUUCAGUGUGAUUCUAGGGAUGGGGUAUCUCUUUUCGAUCACACGUCCGGUGUUUCCACUGCUCCUGCUGCCACUGCUGACAGUACUGUUCGCUCUCAGUGGACCACUCGUGACGCUGUUGCUCGUCUUGCUGUUCGUAGUCACCUGCCGCCUGCUGAGCGCACACACUUUGGCCAGUACAAGACUGCUCAGUCUUUGUACGACGCUGUAGUUGCACGCUACUCCUCCCCUUCCACUGCUGCCCUCAGCCGCCUCAUGCUGCCGUACCUUUUCCCUGACCUUGCCGCCUUUGCCACAGUCGCUGACCUAGUUGCUCACCUUCGCACCAGUGACGCCCGCUACCGUGCUGCCCUUCCCACUGAGUUCUGUGCCAAGAACCCCCCCCCCAUGUACAUCACCCUUUACUACCUAGUCACCCGCCUCCCUGACUCACUUUCCUCAGUUAGGGAUCACUUCCUCUCCCUUUGCCCCACCGAGCUGACUGUCGACCUACUAGAGGAGCGCCUUACUGCAGCUGAGAAGAGUAUCUUAGCUGUAGGUGCUUCUCGCGGCGACCGUCGCACCCCUUUCUUUGAGGGGUGUUCCCCUGUCCCCCUUCUCCCCUCUGUUGCUUCUGCUGCUGCUGUCGACCUCAUUGGCACUGAGGAGGUCGGGGCUGCAUCUGCUCCGAGUGGGAGGCGCCGCAACAGCAAGGGCAAGGGGAGCAGAGGUGGUGGAGGGGCGGCGGGGGGGGUGGUGGAGGAGGCGGAGGGGGUGGCGGUGGAGGUGGGGGUGGCACCGGGAGUGGGGGCUUCAGUGGCGGCAGUGGAGGUGGUGGAGGCAGCGGCGGAGGUGGUGGAGGCAGCGGCAGCGGUGGUGGAGGUGGCGGCGGCGGUGGUGCUGGUCGAGGUGCAGCCGCGCAGCGUGGAGGCGCUGGUGGUAGCCAGCGUCAGUAGCAGCCGCGCUCCCGUGAGACCCCGUCGGCCCAGCAGCUUCGUGAGUGGUACGCUAGGCGCAGGAGGUCUGGGGGUGCUGGUCCCUGCACUUACGUUCUUCGCUCCGGCACUCGUAGUGGGGAGUGUCCCGCCCGACCCGGGCACUGCGGCUGCUGCUCUAGGUGCUAGUGCGUCUGCUGCUCCAGGUGCUGGUGCGUCUGCUGCUCCAGGUGCUGGUGCGUUUGCCCUCUCUGGUACUGCACCUACUGAGUCCUUGCACAAUUUUACACUUGAAUCUGGUGCUUCGCGCUCUUUCUUUAAAGACAGCACCACGCUCACGCCGCUCCGUCGGCCUGUUGCGGUCUCCCUUGCUGACCCCUCCGGGGGCCCAGUCCUUGCACACUCCUCCACGGUUCUACCGUGUCCUGCGGCCCCGUCGGGCUUGCUGUCGGGACUCCACCUCCCCUCGUUCUCUACGAACUUGGUGAGUGGAGCUGACCUCCAGGACGCGUGGGUUGACCAGUUCACCCCUGGAGGUCAGCGUGUGACCCACUGCACUUGCUCUCGGACGGGCCGCCACCUGGCCACGUUCACCCGUCAGCCAGGGUCGAGUCUGUACACACUGACUACUGCGCCUCCUCUGGUCUCUGCGUCUGGUCAGGUAGCUGCGUCUAGUCAGGUGUUUGCUGCCGCGUCCAGGUCUAGUCCUGCGUCUGCCCCCUGCUCGUGUCGUCCUCUGUCGCACGAGACUCUCCUUUGGCACCACCGCCUUGGUCACCCCUCCCUGCCUCGUCUUCGAGGUAUGGCCUCCCGUGCCCUUGUCUCGGGUCUACCCAAGUCCCUCCCUUCCCUUCCUCCGGGGCCUGCCCCCACCUGUGUUCCUUGUGUCGAGGGCAGGCAGCGCGCCGCCCCUCACUCCUCCUCGUUCCCUCUGACUGAGGCUCCUCUGCAGACUCUUCACAUGGACGUGUGGGGCCCAGCCCACGUCCGUGGACAGGGUCACGAGCGUUACUUCCUGCUGGUCGUUGACGACUACUCGCGUUACACCACAGUCUUCCCCUUGCGCAGCAAGGGUGAGGUCCCUGAGGUGUUGAUCGACUGGAUCCGCGGUGCUCGUCGCCAGCUCAGUGAGAGUUUCGAUUCCGACCUUCCUGUUCUGCGUCUGCACUCGGACAGAGGUGGGGAGUUUUCCUCCGACCUCCUGAGGGCCUUCUGUCGUGUGGAGGGCAUCGGCCAGACGUUCACGCUUCCGGCCUCCCCGCAGCAAAAUGGGAUUGCUGAGCGCCGCAUUGGCAUGGUCAUGGACGUCGCUCGUACGUCCAUGAUCCAUGCGGCUGCUCCCCAUUUUCUGUGGCCGUUCGCGAUUCAGUACGUUGCGCAUCAGAUCAACCUUCAGCCUCGUGUCUCCUUGCCGGAGACCACACCUACUCUGCGGUGGACGGGGAAGGUUGGCGAUGCGUCAGCGUUCCGUGUCUGGGGAUCUCGAGCAUUUGUCCGCGAUACUACAGCGGACAAGCUGUCCUCCCAUGCCGUUCCCUGCGUCUUCCUAAGCUUCUAUCCUGACGCACCCGGGUGGCAGUUCUACCACCCCACCUCGCGUCGUGUUCUGUCCUCUCAGGACGUCACGUUUGACGAGUCGGUGUUGUACUACCGUGUGUCCCAGGUAGACCCUGCCGAGCCGGUCGAGGUAGCUGUCAACUCAGGUGCUGCUAGGGGUGCUGAGCCUGCGGGUGCUGAGUCUGGGGGUGCUGAGCCUGUGGGUGCUGAGACUGGGGGUGCUGAGUCUAGGGGUGCUGAGUCUGGGCGUGCUGAGCCUGGGGGUGUGGAGCCUGAGGGUACUGUGUCACGGCGGGAGGCCCUCUCUCCACAGCGGCUUCGUGAGUGGUACUCUCGGCGCUGUCGAGUUGCUGCUGGUGCUGGAGGUGCUGCUGGAGCUACUGGAGGUGCUGCUGGUGCUAGAGGUGCUGCUGGAGCUACUGGAGGUGCUGCUGGUGCUGGAGGUGCUGGUACUACUGGAGCUACUGGACGUACUGAUGCUGCUGGAGCUGCUGGAGGUUCUGCUGGUGCUGGAGGUGCUGCUAGAGCUACUGGAGGUGCUGGCGCUACUGGAGCUACUGGAGGUGCUGCUGGUGCUGGCGCUACUGGAGCUGCUGGAGGUACUGCUGGUGCUGGAGCUGCUGGAGGUGCUGGAGCUACUGGAGGUGCUGGAGGUGCUGCUGGGACUGGAGACCCUGGGGCUGAGGGUACCGGUUCUGUCUCUGCUGUUUCUGGAGGCGCUGCGCGGCCGGGGCCGUACUACGUUCCGCUCCUUCAACAGGUUCUUGGCUCCCCACCUUCUCCUGGUCCUCCUCCUCCUUUCCUGAGUCCGCCGCCUGUCCAGUCCCAGUCGCAGUUGGAGCCAGCCUCUCCACUGCCCGGUCCUUACUCUAGACCGACUAGAGGUCUUACGGAGCGUCGUGAGCCUGAUUCUCGUCCUGUGUCGCCUGUGUCUCGUUCUGCGUCGCCUGUCCGUACUGUUCGCGCUGGUCGUGUUUCGCGUCCGCGUCUCCCUCCUGUCCCAGGCACUUACUCUAUGACUCUGCGUCCUUCUACUGUUCCUCUUCCGUCUCCUCCUGCGUCCUCUCUUCCUGACGUUCCGGACCCGGAGUCUGACUCCCUUCGUGCUACUAGUCCUGCUGUCAUGCGCUUUCUGGCCACUGCUGUCACUGACCCUCUGCUUGAGUCCUCUGCUGCGUCUGCUCUUGUUGCUGAGCUUGUUGACUUUGCUGCCGCCUGUCGCCUAGACUAUGCCACUGCUCUUGUUGCUGCGUCGGCGUCUGUGUCUGUCUGUCCUCCGUCCGUCGGGGGUGAGUGUGCUCUUGGCACAGACGUUCUUGAGGACAGAUAG